AUGCUCAUUUUUGUGAGUUUAAAUUUCUUACUAUGCCAAGCUCACGACUUUAUUUUUAUAUAUGAGUCAAAUGAAUCCUCAGAAUCAAAAUUAUAUGGAAAUAUCUUCUACGAGCAUUAUAAGUCAAGAAUAUUUUUUCUACGCGGAAACGAAAUUCAGCCACUUUUCCAAGAGUUGCUACUAUUAGGCCAUGACAUCAUGCUUUUCGACCUGACAACAAAUUCAGCUUCUCAUUAUGAAAUCUCAAAAUUUGCUUGAGAAAACCAAAUUUUGCAUUUUAUCACUGAAGAUUUAUCAGCUUACUAUUAUGAUUGGACUUUUGGCUUAAAAAUUGCCAGAAAAUCAUAUGGAAAAUCCAUAAACUCUAUAUCAAAAUAUUACAAUUGAAAGAAUGGAACUGUUUUUGUAAGUUUUGAUAAUAGGGUGUUUAUGGAAGAAGUUGAACUGGACAAAACAACGUAUUUAAUAAUAGAGGACAAUACAAAUAUGGAAAAUUUAAUAAAUAGGGUUGUAUUUCCUUUAGGAUCUAAAUAUUAUUAUAUUUUCACCGGUGAAGAUAUAGGUAGCCAGAUUGUCGAACUAUUAAAUUCGAAAAAUCUUUUAGGAAAUGAUAGCAUGGUUUUUCUGGAUGAAUCUUCAGGAAAGCAAGUAAAUUACGAAGGCUCUCUGAUAUUAUACGAAACUCAACUUAGUAGUGGUAUAAACUGCACUAUUCUUGAUUCAAUUGUCAGCUUUUUAAACCGAACAAUCGAACAACUUGACACAUUUGAUGAUAAUGUUGAAUCAAAAGAAUAUCUGCAAAAUAUUUGCUAUGAAAAUUAUUGCACCGACACAUUAAAACUUAUAAAUAUAGCAAACUCAAAAAACCAAGUCGGCUAUGUAAAAAAUGAAUAUUAUUAUUCGGUAUCAAGCAUAACAUACCCUGGAGGGGUAUUAGCACCUCCUAUAAAUAAGAAAAAAGUCAUCGAAUUUAGUGUUAAUAGUGGAACUUAUAAUAUAGAUGAGCAUCCUGCAAGAGACAACGGUGAGUACAAUCGCGGGACGUUUAUCGCAGUCGACGAAAUUAACGCAAGUCACGAAAUUCUUAAAAAUUAUUAUCUUCAAGUAAACCCAUUUGACUGUGGAGUCGAUGAAUUUGAUGAAGAAUAUUCUUUAUCUUGCUAUGGGUCACGAUUGAAUGAUUUAGGAGUGUCAUUCAUCCCUCCUUACGUGUCUGACACAACCAUACAACUAAUAAAGCACACCUUGGCUGACUUAAACGUUAUGAUUCCUGUAAUUUCUGCUGCAGCUUCAGAUGACACGUUAUCAUCAAUUACAGAUUUUCCAAAAUUUGCAAGAGUUUGUAUAUCUAAUCAUGAUCUUGCAGUUAGAGCAGCUGGAGUUUUAAAGGUAUUAGGGUGAGAUAAAUGUGCAGUUUUGUAUCAAAACGAUACAUUUGGUAAUAAUUGGUACAAUAGCUUUGUAGAAGGAGCGAAGCUCCAGAAUCUAAAAAUUAUGAACGAUAAGCACUUAAGGUCAUUGCCUGCAGGCUACGAUAGCCUGGCAUCUUAUCAAUACGUCCUAGACGAAGUUAUUACUUCAAAUGCCAGACUAGUAAUUUUGGUAUUAGAAGCCCAUUUAAGCAUUGAAGUAAUCACUAUGUUCUAUUCUAUGGGAAUGCGCAAAGGCGACCUUCUUUUUUAUUUCGCCAUGGACGAUGUUAUGACAAGUCUGUAUUCAGCUACAUAUACAUAUGGAAAUUUAGCAGAAAGGAUUGAGCUUGGAGUUCCUGCAGUCAGAAUGCAUCAAGAAGAGUAUAUAGGCACGGUCGGAGACUGAGUAGAAGCCAAAAUCAUAAGCUUAUAUGGCGGAAAACCUCGGCUCAGCAAUUAUUUAGCCUGCAAUUUUUAUGAUGCAGUGACUCUAAUAGCUCAAGCUUUAGACUGGAUGGUAAAUAAUGGCCUAAACUAUAAAGAUCCAGGCGCUCUUAUGAAAAUUAUAAGAUUUGUGUCUUUUAUAGGAUGUUCAGGGUCUGUAAAAAUUAAUGAAGGGACUAAUGAUAGACUUACCCAUUCAAUGGUGUUCCAAAGCUCAAUGAUUGAUCCUGAUACAGGGAAUAUCACGAUUUAUGAUUCAAUUAUUUAUUCGCCUUGGAGCGCUAAUAUGAUAGCUACUGUUAGACCACUGUUAUAUGCUGGCAAUACAACUGAGAAGCCAUCUGAUGAAAGGGUAGUUAUAGUGGAUUGUCCAUUCCCAAGCUCUAAGGUCAGAACUUUUGUCAAAGGGAGAAUUUUAUAGAAAAAUAUUGUAAUUAUGCCAGAUAUAUAUAGAAAAAAAAUCAAUUAGUAGGAAAUUUAUGGGGAUUGGGAUAGUAUUUUGCCUUUGUUUUUUUAUUGCGUUUAUAACAGCGAUUUUGACUUUCAUUAUAUGAAAAAAAUGAUGGCAUAUAAAGAUUGAGAUGCUGACUAUGAAAAAGGAAAUUUCUUAUGAGGAUUUUAUUGUUGGGAUUACAAUUUUGAUAGAGUUUUUUCAGAUUAUAUCGAUGGGGCCUGAUGUAAAAGCAAUAAGCUCUCUAGUGGGGCAUGUUGGAGAUGGGUUUUCUUUGAAUUUGGAUAGCAUUUAUCAUAUGAAAGGGAAUGUUUUUUGGAUUUUAAUUAUAAAAUAGUUAUUAAAAUAGCAAUUAAAUAUAAUGAAAAAUGAGCUUAAUUAAAAAUAAAACAUGAUUUUUAUCUAUUUUUUAUUAUUUAUCCAAUAUAUAUUGAGAAUAGUUGCACCUAUGGCUUAACCCUUUUAUGACUCAUCCUCUGUGGUGUUGUGCUAUUUCAGCUUGACGCAGUCUUUCCUAAAUCAUCUCUCUUUAAGCUACUUGUCCAAUUUUCUGAAAGUAUGAUGCCAAUCCUCGGAAAUUUAUUAUUUAUCCCCAUAAUUUCUAUUUUAUUAGACGUCUUUGUAUGUGACGAAUCCAUAGGUGAAAAUUUCACUGAUAGUUUUCUAUGAAAAGACUGUACACAAUUUUGCUGAGAUGGGAUGCAUAUUGCAUUUGCGGUUUUAUCAGGAGUUGCUAUAUUGAUUUAUCAUCCUUUAGCUGUAUUUUGUAGACCACUCUGGCAAGAGCUUCAGCCAAUGCUUCAUGUAAAAACUUCGCCAUUGCAUUUAAUGGUAAAAACUGUUUUUGAAAUAUGACUUAUUGUUUUUAACAAAACACUUAAAAGAGCGAGCUCAAGUAUUCAUGGGCUUUUAUUUAUAGCAAUCAUUGCAAUAUAUAUAACUUUUAUUUAUUUCCAUAAGCCUUAUAAUUAUCAUAGAUUCAGCUUAUGGCUUGGAAUAAGCUUGUUUGGAGUUUUGUGGAUUUCAGGCUUAUCGACCCUUAAUUUACUUUUGGACAAUAUUUCUUAUACAGUUUUUAAUUUAAUUAAAAUUCAAAUUUAUUAAUAUAAAGAUUUUACUAUAGAAAAUACAGCUUAGCAUGCAGACUGCACCUAAAUUUCUAUAGGAAGAUAUAUUUUAUUUGAACACCGCUAUUGUUUUCUGGAUGAACCUGCUUGAUUGUCUUUGGAUAUAUCUUACAAAAGAAAUUUCCUUGCAUGCUGACCAAAAAGCCAUCAAAAGAUAUAGGAGAAGUAAUAAAUUUAGUCAAAAUUUUCAAAUAAAAAUCCUUGUAUAACACUAAAAAUUAAAAUUUGUAAAAAAAUAAGAAAAUGUCAUUUAUGCGACUGAUAAUACAAAAUUACUGUUUAAAUUUGCAUUUACUUUUGGGAAAGCUUCGAGUAUAAUUGCUAAAUCUGAGCUGUUUCCACAUAAAAAGAAGCAGCAAGAAGAUGCUAAAGUUUACCCGGAGCCUGAAGAUGAAGAAGUCGUAGCUAAUAUUUUAUCCAAUCCAAAUACUUUGAAUGCUCCAAGGAUGGUAUAA